CUAAUUUCACUAGGCAUUCUGGUGCGCGAUGUUUAGCCAUGCCUCCUCGAUUCGAUAGGAACUUGCGGUUUCUUCUGCCGUUCUGUCGCCUUGCAGUACUAUUUGCUCGUCAAAGGAUGCAUUUUUUUUAUUUUGUUGUUGGUGUCUUCGAUGAUGUAGAGAGCUAAAACAGCGGUUUCCCGCGACUCCUCGGCGUAGGUUAUUGGAUUUGGUUGCGACUUAGGGUUUCGCGUCUGUAUUGGCCCAGAAUCGUUGGAUCUGUUCCUCAUGUUUCGACUAGGUUGAUGCUUUUAAUUUCGGUGCAAAAGUAGAGGGUGAUUUACUCUUUUGAACAAACCUGGUCUAUCUUGAUCUUAUUACAAGUUUCAUCUUCAACUGAAAAUCUGGUUACAGGUAUUUGUAUUUUUGUUUGCCUGGUUUGAGGGAAUUGCACUCGGAAGUUCACCCCAAGAUCGGAUUCAAAUUUUUAUGGCCUUUGAUUGCAACAAGGCAGGAGACUAUUCACCAGAGUAUCCUUCUAGCAUUUGCACCGAGGACACACUCAUCCAGGCAAACAUCUUAACUAAGUGUGGGAAGGCUAAAAAUUUGAUUAGCCUCAACAGAUUGAACAACCAGAAGUCAAGUUAUGAAUCACUUCCAAGGCUUACUGAACCAAAGGAAAAUGAGGAAGCAGGAACCGAUACAACCGCCUCAAUGUGUGGCACUAGAUGCUUCACUGAUCUGCCGGCUGCAUUGGUCUGUGAAGUCCUUGCGUGCCUCGAUCCAAAGGGGCUUGGUAUUGUAUCUUGUGUCUCCACAGUUCUGCAGACCUUAGUCGCAGAUCAUCAGGGAUGGAAGAAAUUCUACUGUGAAAGAUGGGGACUUCCGAAUGCUCCCAUCGGGCCCUUGGUUCCAGGUGGGACCCCAGAUGGGAGGUCGUGGAAAACAUUGUUUGUGGACAGGGAGUUUCAAAGUAAAUCCUUCAUGGGACGGUUUAGCGUGGAUGUUCUUCGUGGUCACAGCGAGGAUGUACGCACUGUGUUCCUUUUGGCAUCAGCAAACCUGAUAUUCACUGGUGGUCAUGAUUCUGUAGUUCGAAUGUGGGACAUGGAGGAAGGGCUUCUGAUUGAUGAGUCCCGUCCGUUUGGUUGCACCAUCCGGGCAAUUGCAGCUGACAGUAGGCUUUUGGUAACUGGGGGAUCCAAUGCCUACAUUCAGUGUUGGAGGGCUGUUGAGGGUAACUCACACCUUUUCCACAUUUCUGGAUAUGGUACUAACCGUGAUUCUGAAUUUCGCCUCUGGGGUCAUGAAGGACCGGUGACUUGUCUUGCCUUGGAUCCAACGAGGAUUUACAGUGGUUCUUGGGAUAUGACUGUUCGUGUUUGGGACAGAGCCCAGAUGAAGUGUGUGCAAAAGUUCAUGCAUGCUGACUGGGUUCUAGCCCUUGCUCCUCAUGGAAAUACCAUUGCCAGUACAGCUGGUAGAGACACAUAUGUAUGGGAUAUUGAGAGUGGUAAUUUGACAAGUGUAAUUUCCAAUGCCCAUGUUGGUAAUGCAUAUUCUGUAGCUCGAACACACCUGACAAAUGUCCUGUUUACUGGAGGAGAGGAUGGUGCAAUUCGCUUGUUUGAUAUUUCCGAGGCAUCUGAUGAUGAGGAUAUUAAACCAGCUGCUACUUGGGUGCCGCAUACUGGCCCUGUUCAUUCUCUCGCUUUUGAGUAUCCGUGGCUUGUCUCUGCCUCUAGUGAUGGCAGAAUUGCACUAAUUGAUUUGAGGAAGCUGCUGACUCCCCUAAACUCGUCAAAGCGCCGAUUCAGGGUUAAGAACUUUGAUAUAAGUGCAAUAGAACCUCCACAGAGAAUGUUUCAUGGCUUUGGAUGCGAUCUUUUCUCUGUCGACAUCGGUGCAGACAGGAUCGUAUGUGGGGGUGAGGAUGGUACUGUCAAAAUCUGGAAUUUCUCUGAAGCACUGGAGAUUGAGAAGAAGGCGCAAGCUUUAAGGAGUUUGAGGCAGGAGAACCGCAUGAGGCGGAGGAAGUCGCAACUGGAGAUGAAUGCAAAUGGUAGAAGGGCUGAUCAGUGCUCAAUAGCCAUGAAAAGAAACCAACUGAAGGGUGAUAAGAGUGUCACUUGGCAAAACAAGCGUGCCAUCGACAAGGUCAAGUCUUAGAUUAUGUUUUGUACCGUUCACAACAUAACACUUUCUCAUGGCCUUGUGUCGCCAGUUCUUUUGUUGGAAGUUGAUUUCUAAUUCCAUCGAAGCUAGGUUUGCUAUAUAUGUAGGCAACAUUGGCAUUUUCGGAAAUUCACCUUAUAUCCAACGCACUAUCGGUCACAUCUUAUCUGUAUGCAAUUCUUAUUUGACCUGGUGUACAUUGAUCUAAUGAAAGAAAAGUUUCCACACA